AUGCACGCUAAACAAUUCGUGUUCAACCUGAGAGACUACGAGGUUAGAGACAUUCUGGGCGAGGGGGCCUACGGAGUGGUCGCGCUGGGCGUCCAUAGAAGAUCGGGCACCACGGUUGCAGUCAAGAAGAUUGAGCCGUUUGAAAGAGAACUGUUCUGUCUGCGCACGCUCAGAGAAAUCAAACUCCUCAAACACUUCAAGCACAACAACAUCAUCAGCAUCCUCGACAUCCAGAAACCCCGCGACUUCGAGACCUUCAGAGAGGUGUACAUUGUGCAGGAGUACAUGGAGACCGACCUGCAUCACGUGAUCCGGUCGCAGUCGCUGAGCGACGACCAUGUGCAGUAUCUGAUGUACCAGGCGUUGAAGGGCGUCAAGUGUCUGCACUCGUGCGGUGUGAUCCACAGAGACCUGAAGCCGGCCAACCUGCUGGUAAACUCCAAUUGCGACCUCAAGAUCUGCGAUUUUGGACUCGCUCGCGUCGGCAGAGACGAUUCAUCGUCCGUUUCGGAGUCCAAGGACUCUUUUCUCACAGAGUACGUGGCCACGCGGUGGUACCGGGCUCCUGAGAUCAUGCUCACGUCCUCUCAGUACUCCAAGGCCAUCGAUAUCUGGUCGUUGGCAUGCAUUUUGGCGGAGAUGCUGCUCAGGGAGCCGUUUCUCCCGGGUAAGGACUAUAGACAUCAGCUGCUUCUUAUAUUCGAGAUUCUGGGCACGCCCGCGGGGGCAGACUUCCAGUCGAUCAAGUCCAAGCGCGCGAGGGAGUACAUUCGUUCGCAGCGGUUUUUCAAAAAGAUCCCGCUCCGAAAAAUAUUUCCGCAUGCCAAUCCAUCUGCCGUGGACCUGAUGGAGAAGAUGCUAAAAUUCGAUCCGACCCAGAGACUCACCGUGGAGGAGGCACUGGAACACCCGUACUUUAGCGCGUACCGCGUUAUGGAGGAGGAGACCACUGCCGCGCCAAUUCCCAAAGACUUCUUUUUCUUCGACGACUGCAAAGAGCAGCUCGAGAUGAUUGAUCUGAAAAGAAUGCUGUAUGCUGAAAUUCUAGCUACCUAA